GAGCCUAUCCGUGUUGAUGGCAUAGUUGUAGUACUGAGUGCAAACACUGUGCAAGGAAUAUUUGUGCUGAGCGUAAACAUGGAACAAGUUCAUUGCGCAAACAUUUGAAGAGAUGCAGGGAAAGGAAGAAGGUUCUUAGAGUUUCUGGACAGCUGAGUGCUUCUAUCGUGAGUCCUGAUGGAGUUGCAAUGGGGCUUUGGACCUUUAAUCAGGCAUUAGCACGCCGAGAGCUGAUGAGGAUGAUAGUGUUGCAUGAAUUGGCAUUCUCAUUGGUGGAGUAUGAUGGAUUUAGAAGAUUUGUCUCUAGUCUAAAUCCUAGCUUCAAGAUGAUAUGUAGAAAAACUGUGAAGGAGGACUGCAUGAAAGCAUUUAAGGAAGAGAAGAGAAUUCUGCAAAGGAUGUUCCAAAACUCCAAAUCCAAGAUUUCUUUGACUACGGACCUGUGGACAUCAAAUCAGACAGUGGGGUACAUUUGCAUCACAGCUCACUUCAUUGAUGAGGAGUGGAAGCAGCAAAAGAGGAUAGUGAAAUUUGCAGCUAUGGAGACGCCGGUCAUAGGAGCUGCAAUGUUCAACGUCAUGGUGAAUUUCAUAAGAGAGUGGAACAUUGAAGAUAAUCUCUUUGCUGUGACGCUAGAAAAUGCAUCAAACAAUGGUGCAAUGAUGAAGCUAUUGAAGGCACAUCUCCUGCUUAAGAAGAUGUUACCUGGUGGUGGCAAGUUGUUUCACCAACGUUGUGCCGUGCAUGUCAUAAAUCUGAUAUGUCAAGCAGGAUUGAACUUCCUUGGUCCAGUGAUCAACAUGAUACGUGAAACUGUGAAAUAUAUUCGAAGCUCACCAAGUCGAAAGGAAACAUUUCAAGAAAUCCUUGAGCAACAUGGUGUAUCAUGUGGGAGAACUCCAAGUCUUGAUGUUCCAACUCGCUGGAACUCAACCUACAUGAUGAUUGAUAUAGCAAAAGAGCAUCGCGGAGUGUUUGACUCUUUGGCCAUUCAAGAUAAACAAUAUACCUUCAAGCCAUCUUUUGAGGACUGGGAAAAUGCCGAAGAUGUUUGCAGGCUACUGAAGGUAUUUUACGACGCCACUAAUGUGAUAUCCGGCACAAAAUAUCCAACUGCUAACUUGUAUUUCCAUGAAAUGUGGAAAGUGAAGCUGACCUUAGAGCAACAACAUUAUGAAGAGGAUUCUGAGAUGGGCACAACGGUCAAAUAUAUGAAGAGAAAAUUCAGAAGGUAUUGGAAGAUGACAUGGUUGAGCCUUUGUAUUCCAGUGAUUUUGGACCCACAAUUCAAGUUGAAAUAUAUUGAGUUCCGAUUUGGCCUAGAGUUUGGGAACGAAGAUGCAGCAAUGAUUGCUAAAAUACAAAAUGUGUUCCAAGGGUUGUUCAAGGAAUACCUCCAAUUGAAUGACAAUGGAUCAGAUCCCAUGUCACAAGGAGGUGAUGAUGACAUGGCUAUAAGUGGUGAAGAUCCUAUGGCUGAUUGGGACCAACAUGUCACCCUCACUGCUCGAUCAACAAAUUUGGAUUCUACCGAACUUGAUUCGUACUCGUCAAAGGUACCCAUCCGUCGAAGUGAUCAAUUCAAUAUCCUUGCAUGGUGGCAGACGAACUCAGGUGAAUACCCAACGUUGAGUCGCAUGGCAGCAGAUAUCUUGGCGGCUCCUUCCUCUGCGGUGGCAUCUGAGUCCGCCUUCAGCACAGGGAAGAGAGUCCUAUCAGAUUUUCGAAGUCGAAUGACCGCAACAACACUUGAAGCUCUUGUUUGCUUACAAGAUUGGAUAAGGGCCAACGCUAAUACUCAACGUAGCUUGGCUUCAGUGCAUGACAUUAUAAUGGACUUACAAGAUAUCGAGGACUGA